UGGCCGUGUAGCUUCCUCCGCCUCUGCCGCCAUUUCUGGAGCCGCCGCCUUAGCGUGAAGGGGGAGCUCGGAGACGCUGUUGCUCGGUGGCUUGUUCGCGCCUGACUGGAUCUCUCCGCGCCCGGGGAGCCCCAGAGCUUCAGCCCGAGGCUCGCCCGCCCAGCCGCUGCCCCGGCGUCUCUCCUGAUGGCGACCUCUGUGGGGAACGUGGCUGACAGCACAGAACCAACGAAACGUAUGCUUUCCUUCCAAGGGUUAGCGGAGUUGGCUCAUCGUGAAUAUCAGGCAGGAGACUUUGAAGCAGCAGAGAGACAUUGCAUGCAGCUUUGGAGACAAGAGCCUGAUAACACUGGCGUUCUUUUAUUACUAUCAUCCAUUCACUUCCAGUGUCGCAGACUGGACAGGUCUGCUCACUUCAGCACUUUGGCUAUUAAACAGAAUCCAUUGUUGGCCGAAGCCUACUCGAAUCUAGGGAAUGUGUACAAGGAACGUGGGCAGCUGCAAGAAGCUAUUGAGCAUUAUAGGCAUGCGCUACGCCUCAAACCAGAUUUCAUUGAUGGAUAUAUUAAUCUGGCUGCUGCACUGGUAGCUGCAGGUGAUAUGGAAGGGGCAGUACAAGCCUAUGUUUCUGCCCUUCAGUACAAUCCUGACUUGUACUGUGUUCGUAGUGACCUGGGGAACCUGCUCAAAGCCCUGGGUCGCUUGGAAGAAGCCAAGGCCUGUUACUUGAAAGCAAUUGAGACUCAACCAAACUUUGCAGUAGCAUGGAGUAAUCUUGGCUGUGUUUUCAAUGCUCAAGGAGAAAUUUGGCUUGCUAUUCAUCAUUUUGAAAAGGCUGUGACACUUGACCCAAACUUCUUGGAUGCUUACAUCAAUCUGGGGAAUGUUCUGAAGGAGGCAAGGAUAUUUGACAGAGCUGUAGCAGCCUACUUACGAGCCUUGAGUCUGAGUCCUAAUCAUGCAGUUGUGCAUGGCAACCUGGCCUGUGUGUAUUAUGAGCAAGGACUGAUAGAUCUGGCAAUAGACACCUACAGACGUGCUAUUGAGCUACAGCCACACUUCCCUGAUGCCUAUUGUAAUCUGGCCAAUGCUCUAAAGGAGAAAGGCAGUGUUGCUGAAGCAGAAGAAUGUUACAAUACAGCUCUUCGUCUGUGUCCCACACAUGCAGACUCACUUAAUAACCUGGCAAACAUCAAGCGAGAACAGGGAAACAUUGAGGAGGCUGUUCGCCUAUACAGGAAAGCUCUUGAGGUGUUCCCAGAGUUUGCUGCUGCCCAUUCAAAUUUAGCAAGUGUUCUGCAGCAGCAAGGAAAGCUGCAGGAAGCUCUGAUGCAUUACAAAGAGGCUAUUAGAAUCAGCCCCACGUUUGCAGAUGCUUAUUCAAAUAUGGGGAAUACUUUAAAGGAGAUGCAGGAUGUUCAGGGAGCUUUACAAUGUUACACCCGUGCCAUCCAGAUAAAUCCUGCUUUUGCUGAUGCCCACAGUAACUUGGCCUCUAUUCACAAGGAUUCAGGGAACAUACCAGAAGCCAUUGCUUCUUAUCGCACUGCUCUGAAACUGAAACCUGAUUUCCCAGAUGCUUAUUGCAACUUAGCCCACUGCUUGCAGAUUGUCUGUGACUGGACAGAUUAUGAUGAAAGAAUGAAAAAGCUGGUCAGCAUUGUAGCUGAUCAACUGGAGAAGAAUAGACUGCCUUCUGUCCACCCUCAUCACAGCAUGCUGUACCCCCUUUCUCACAGCUUUAGGAAGGCUAUUGCUGAGAGACAUGGAAAUCUCUGUUUGGAUAAGAUCAACGUCCUUCACAAGCCACCAUAUGAGCAUCCAAAGGACUUGAAGGCUAGUGAAGGCCGGCUUCGUGUUGGCUAUGUGAGCUCUGAUUUUGGAAAUCAUCCAACCUCCCACCUAAUGCAGUCAAUCCCAGGAAUGCAUAACCCUGACAAAUUUGAGGUGUUCUGUUAUGCCCUCAGCCCUGAUGAUGGGACAAACUUCCGUGUAAAGGUGAUGGCGGAAGCAAAUCAUUUCAUUGACCUCUCUCAGAUACCAUGUAAUGGAAAGGCAGCAGAUCGCAUUCACCAGGAUGGGAUACACAUCCUCAUUAACAUGAAUGGCUACACUAAGGGAGCCCGUAAUGAGCUGUUUGCUCUCAGACCAGCACCUAUCCAGGCUAUGUGGCUGGGAUACCCUGGAACCAGUGGGGCACUGUUCAUGGAUUAUAUCAUCACAGAUCAAGAAACUUCCCCAGUUGAUGUGGCAGAGCAAUAUUCUGAGAAACUGGCUUACAUGCCAAACACUUUCUUUAUUGGAGACCAUGCUAAUAUGUUUCCCCACCUGAAGAAAAAAGCAGUCAUUGAUUUCAAGUCCAAUGGCCAUAUUUAUGAUAACAGGAUUGUUUUGAAUGGCAUUGAUUUGAAGGCAUUCCUUGACAGCCUCCCUGAUGUCAAAAUUGUUAAGAUGAAGUGCCCUGAUAGUGGAGACAAUGCAGACAGCAAUGCUGCCCUCAGUAUGCCAGUCAUUCCUAUGAAUACAAUUGCAGAAGCCGUGAUUGAGAUGAUUAAUCGUGGACAAAUUCAGAUAACAAUCAAUGGAUUCAACAUUAGCAAUGGACUAGCAACUACACAGAUUAACAACAAGGCAGCAACUGGAGAAGAGGUUCCACGUACCAUCAUUGUUACCACCCGCUCUCAGUAUGGGUUACCAGAGGAUGCUGUUGUGUACUGUAACUUUAACCAGCUAUAUAAGAUUGACCCUUCCACUUUACAAAUGUGGGCUAACAUUCUGAAGCGAGUUCCAAACAGCGUAUUGUGGCUGUUGCGUUUCCCAGCUGUAGGAGAACCCAAUAUUCAACAAUAUGCACAGAACAUGGGCCUUCCCCAGAACCGAAUCAUCUUCUCUCCUGUUGCCCCCAAAGAGGAACAUGUGCGGAGGGGCCAGUUGGCUGAUGUUUGUCUAGAUACUCCACUUUGUAAUGGGCACACUACUGGGAUGGAUGUACUCUGGGCUGGAACUCCCAUGGUUACUAUGCCAGGGGAAACUCUUGCAUCACGGGUUGCUGCCUCCCAGCUUACUUGCCUUGGUUGUCUUGAACUUAUUGCUAAGAGUAGACAAGAAUAUGAAGAUAUUGCUGUUAAACUGGGAACUGAUCUAGAAUACCUGAAGAAAAUUCGUAGUAAAGUCUGGAAGCAGAGAAUAUCAAGUCCUUUGUUUAACACCAAACAGUACACAAUGGAACUGGAGCGGCUUUACCUUCAGAUGUGGGAUCACUACGCUGCUGGCAACAAACCAGACCAUAUGGUUAAGCCAAUAGAGACCAAUGAAUCUGCAUGAAGGACUCUGCCGACACAACUCUCCCAGAAUUGAGCCUCUCAAACUCCUCUGCAAAGGAGAUGGGAGCUAAAGACAGUGCAUUUCUACUUAAUCUGCCUGGUACUCUGUGACUGAAGUGAUACAUGAUGGUGAUUUAAGAGCACAGACAGACAUACUUUGUGCAUAAUAGGGAGAGGCUGUAGAGAUUGGGAACUUUCUAUUCCAUAAGGAGUUUGAAAAAGAUUGAGUUGUGCACAUGUACUGUAUGUUUGCAAGGCCUGGUGCUUGAUGGGGAAAGUGUGAACUGUCCAUCCAAUUGUGAUUUCAUGGAUUGAUUCAAUCUUCCUAUGAAUUUCUCUCCUCUUAUGUGGAUUGGGAAUUGGAGCUUUUUAAUGUUUGAUUUCAGGUGUUCCUGUUGGUAUAUGUGCGAUUCUUCCAUGACAUGAUUUCCAACUAGUGAGUGUUGCUCCCUGCAUUAACUUCUUAACUGUGCAGAUUGAAAGGGCAUAUUUGCUGGUGUAGUCUUUUUACAGGUUUUAUAAACCACUUGAGCCUAUAUCAGCCUUUUAAUGUUUGACCUCUGUUUUGGAACUUUCUGUACUGUGUUGAUUUAGAUGAGAACUCAGUGCUUGGUUUAAAAAAAAAAAAAAAAAAAAAAAAGAUUCUCCUGUAUCUCAGCUAAUUGGCUUCAUGAUGACAGCUCCUAUUCUGUUGAAAAACAAAAUUGGUUUAAAAUUAAUGCCCCUGAACUGUUUUGAAAUAAACAAACUGGUGCCAAAUACAAAUCCUUCAGGAAUGAUUGUUAAUUAUGUACAGAGGCACAGUCCUAGGUACUGUAGCAAGGACUUUUUUAAAAAUAAAGCGCUGGUUUGCCCAGUUUGACCCAUUUGA